AUGAACCAGACCCAGUUACCGCAGCAUCAGAUUCACCAGGCGGCGCCCAGCCGUCAGCUGAACAUCAUUCUCUGCGUUCUGGGGGUCCUCGUGGUCCUUGCCAGCAUCACCGUCACCACCUACAAGCUACACGAUGGCAGCGCCAUCUUGGCCUUCUUCAACAGGUCCAUGUCGCUACUCGCCAACGACGACGGCAGCCCCGACUCGAGUUCCGCCGGAACGCCGAGACUGCCCGCUCACCUCCUCAAGCACGAGCUCAAGAAGUCAAACGCGGACAAAACGUGCAGGUCGGACGUCUGCAUCUGGAUGGAGGACUACCUCCGGGGCAAACUGAACGAGAGCGUUAAUCCCUGCCACGAUUUUUACGCGUACGUCUGCUCGCAGCGCUGGUUCGCCAAGGACCUCCGGGUCCAGGACAGUGUGUACCAGGAGCGAACGACCGGUAUGAUGAUGUACGACAUUGAGAAGUUCCUGGAGGACUACCGCAAGCACAACAAUGAGAGGUACCAUAAGUACCCGGGCGUUUUCCUGCACCAAGCGAUUUCGUUGCUUCCCAAGUGCCAGUCCGAGGAGAAGGAGGACGUGAAUAUGACGGCUCUCAAAAGGCUCCUCGAAGAGUACAACCUGGGAGGCUGGCCGUACCGCAAGGUGCCUCGCGGCCUCAACGUCGUGACGGUCUCCGCGUUUGUUGAUCGCGACUUGGGCGUAUUCUCCUUCGCGAGGACUUAUCUCAAGAGGCUUUUUGAAGGCGACCGCGGUUACACUGUCCACCUUGGUAGGCCCAGUUCCACUCUGAAGAGGCACCAACUUGCUUUCCUGAACGAGAACGUCGAAAACUACACGCAGAAAGUGGCCCUCGCCCUAACGUUAACUGACAGGCAUGUUGACGUCACGGAACUGGCCGAAGCCAUUGUUCUCUUGGAGAAGAAAUUAGUCGCUGCAAUGCCGGUCGUCAAGUUCGUCACAUUCCAAGACCUGAUGAUGCGCGUCGAUGAGCUGUACCUCAAGGGAAAAUGGGACUGGAAAAAGUAUUUGAACAUAAUUUUUCACGACAUCGAGAGCUUCGACAAUGAGAAACCGGUGGCGAUAAUGGACCACGAGUAUGUCACCCGAAUGGCUGCCAUCGUAAACGAAACAGACACGGUGACAUUACUUAAUUACAUUGGCUAUCGCCUGCUGGUGCAUGUGUCCCCCAUCCUGGCUAAGGCCGCUAGCCCCCUUUUAAGACUGAGUCACGACAACUAUCGUGAGUUCGUUCCUGACAGACUCCAGGCCUGCAUGCACCUUCUCGAACGAGUGUACAAGCAGGGAAUGCGCUUCUUCGCCAGGAUGACGUUCAGCAAGAAUAACUCGACGCUGCUGCUGAAGCACUACGACCACAGCAUGUCCAAAGUCGAGGUACAGCUAAAGAGCAGCAUGACGGACAGGUUGCUCUCCACGUCGUCCUGGCUCGACCGCGCCGCCAUAGGAGUUGGCGUGGACAAGCUGGAAAGCAUGAAGCUCGUGUUUCUGGGAAGCACGGACGCCAUCAACACCAUCGUUAGCUAUUACAACUUUAACGCGCAACCGCUAGAUCCUGACCGCCUUCUUGAGAGCUUCAGGGACCUCCAGACGGGAACGAUGAACACCUACUGGGAGACGAAGCCGCCCAAGGAUGAUUUGGACGCGAGGUAUGAACUCUCUUCGCUGUCACCCGGGUUUGAAUACUUCCACGGCAGGAACGUGCUGUUCCUCCCGCACGCGAACAUCGCCUUCCUCAAUGACGUCACCAGGACCAUUGAUCCCGUCUUGUACCCCAUCCUUCUUGCCGACGUCCUACGGGGCAUGUUCGCGGCGAUAGACCGCCGAGGCUCCACGGUUGACCAGAGCUUGGCAGUGGCUAGCUGGUGGAACGCGGACGAACUAAGCCGGUUCUCCCAGAUUGAGCUUUGCUUCCAGGACCAGUACUACGUCGAAAUCAGGGACCUGCUGGGCGAUCAUUUAGAUGCCGAGAUAAGGCUAGACGAAAGCAUCGCCGACAACGCCGUCCUGGCGCCCUUACACGACCUCUAUCUCAAGACGCUCACGGUGCAGGGCCUGAUCCCGGACAAGCUCAAGUUGCCACUUGACGCCGGUGACAUGGACAUGCAUAGACUCUUCUUUGUCACUUACGCUCUGGGUCUGUGCGAUAAUCCGAGCCGGGAGUUGGCGAUACGCAAGAUUAAGUACGGAGUGAUUCCCGGGAGGCUGCGAAUCAACGUACCCCUUAUGAACUUUGCCAAGUUCUCUGCUGCUUUCAACUGUCCCGUGGGUUCGGCGAUGAAUCCACAAAGAAAAUGCACGGUCUGGUAA